AUGUCUCGUGAGGCGAUUGAAAAUCUUACGCAGGACCUCGAAGAGAUGCGAACGCUAGCAGGGAGUGCCCAGCGUAGCCGGGUGCAACAGAUGCUAGCGAUCGACAUCCGCAAACUGGAAACGGACAUUCAACGCCAGCGGGAUCUAUUGGCCGCACAAGCAAGUAGCGAACAAAGUAUUUCACGCCCGGUGCAAACAUCCGUGCCCGGCGAUGUCCGCCGGUACCAGGUGGAGCUGAAAGAGUACGCGUGGGAUCAGAGUGACAAGUUUAUCAAAAUUUUCGUCACCGUUAACGGUGUUCAGCAAGUGCCAGAGGAUAACGUGAACGUGGAGUUUACGGAGAACUCGUUCCAGUUGGUAAUAAGCGAUCUCAACAACAAGGACUACAUUUUCGUCGUUAACAAUCUGCUCAACCCGAUCGAUGCGGAGAAAAGCUAUCGGCGCGUCAAGUCGGACAUGGUAGCGAUUUAUCUGGCCAAACAAACGCCGACUAAAUGGGCACAUCUGACACUUACGGCAAAACGGCUGCAGGAUCUAAAGGAUGAACGGAUCGGUUCGGACGGCAAGAAGUCAAUGUCCGACGAUCCUUCGGCUGGGUUGAUGAACAUUAUGCAGAAACUGUACGAAACUAGUGAUCCGGAAACGAAGCGCAUGAUGAAUAAGGUUUGGCACGAGUCGCGGACAAAGCAGAACACUAUGGAUUAA